AUGUCACAGGGCUUGACCAGCGACAGCGAUGAUAGUGAUAAGUUUGAGUGGGAAAGUGAUGGUGAGGCUGCGCCUUCAUCAGCUCCGGCCUUGAGGAACUUGGAUGCUCCUGGCCCAUCCACGCUGGAACGUCAGAGUUCUAACGGGUGGGCCAACGGGGAAGCAACGUCUACUUCUUUAGUCGAGGAAUAUGUGACGAUGGGUUUCCCAAAAGAGAUGGUUGUGAAGGGCAUUAAGGAGAUUGGGCACGAUGAUGCAAAUGCGUUGCUAGAGCUACUUCUCACAUAUAAGGUACUAGGUGAUGAAGGUGCAUUGGGUAAUUGCUCUACUUCUGGCUGCGCCUGCCCAAAUGUUCAAGAUGAUGAUGAUGAUGAUCUUGAUUUCGACAACUGGGAUAACGACAAUGAUACUGGUGGUAGAGAGCACAACUCUGAUAGUUCUGGUGAUGAGGAUUUUCUACAGGAGAUGUCAGCGAAGGACGAGAAGAUCAACUUAUUAGUAGGCAUGGGCUUUUCUGAAGAUGAAGCCAAUAUGGCUAUGACAACAUGUGGUGUGGAUGCUGAUCUCUGUGUAUUAGUUGAUUCGAUUAGUGCAUCAUGGGUUGCAGGAGAUUGCCAUUCCAGAAACUUAUUUGACGAUCAGGUUAUGGAUAGAUGCUUUGAUUCCUUUGGAGAGAGAAAGAAAGCAAGAUUGAUGGAAGAGCGCAAGAAAAAGAGGAAGCGAUAUGGAGGUGGAGCACAUGGCAAUCGAUCUUCCUUGGAUGGUAGUGACGAUGAACAAAUGCUUCUCCCAAAUCCAAUGGUUGGAUUUAACCUGCCCGGUUAUAGGCGGCCAUCAGUGAUGAGAAUGCUUCCUCAACAAGCUAUUGGACCACCUUUUUUCUACUAUGAAAAUGUGGCCCGAACUCCAAGAGGUGUAUGGGAGACCAUUUCAAGAUUUCUAUAUGAUAUUGAACCAGAGUUUGUGGAUUCUAUGCAUUUGUCUGCAGCUGCAAGGAAAAGAGGCUACAUCCAUAAUUUACCAAUUGAGAACAGAUCACCUCUUCUUCCUCUGCCUCCAAAGACCAUAUUUGAGGCAUUUCCUCAUUAUAAGAAGUGGUGGCCUUCUUGGGACCCGAGAAGACAAUUCAAUUGCUUGCAAACAACUAUGGCAAGUGCAAAGACGACAGAGCGGAUCCAGUGUCUUCUUGCAAGGUCAAGCAAUCCACCACCUCCAAGUGUUCAGAAAUAUGUCAUUGAUGAGUGUAGAAAAUGGAAUCUUGUCUGGGUUGGAAAAAACAAGGUUGCUCCGUUGGAGCCUAAUGAGGUGGAAUAUCUACUUGGUUUCCCAAGGGACCACACAAGGGGGGUCGGCAAGACCGAGAGAUAUAAAUCUCUUGGCAACUCAUUCCAUGUUGAUACUGUUGCUUACCACUUGUCAGUGUUGAGGGACAUGUUUCCUAAUGGUGUUAGUGUGCUGUCCUUAUUCACCGGUAUUGGAGGAGGAGAGGUAGCUUUGCACAGGCUUGGGAUCCACAUGAGGGCAGUGGUUUCUGUUGAGAUAGGUGAAGCUAAUAGGAGGAUUUUGAGAGGUUGGUGGGAUCAGACCCAGACAGGCACGCUGAUUGAGAUUGCUGACGUGAAAUCUCUCACCCCUGAUAUAAUUGCAUCAUACGUUGGUAGAUUUGGCGGCUUCGACUUAGUGAUUGGGGGCAGCCCAUGUAACAAUCUUGCCGGGAGCAACCGGCACCACCGUGAUGGCUUGGAGGGCGAGCAAUCUUCUUUGUUCUACCACUACUUCAGAAUCUUGGAUGUCGUCAAGUCGGCUAUGGCGAGGAUGUAG